UUUUUAGGGUUUUGAGUGGAUUUAUUUGUUUUGAUUUGUGAUUGUUUUGUGGUUAAUCCCUUAGACCGGAUUUGUAGUUUAUCUGUUUGUUUUUUGGUCAAUGAUUUUGUUUAGAACCAAUGUUUAAUAGGAUUUACCAAAUUUUUUUUUUUUUGGUUAGAAGGAUGUGCCAGAUUAUUUUUAUAAUUCAUUUGAAACUAUUUUUUUUUUCCCUCUACUACCCGGUUCUUUUCUAAAAUUUUGGGGCCCGGGGCCUUAGGCAAUUGCCUAACUCGCCUAAGGGAAGGCCCGGCCCUGGUUGAAAACACAAACACAGCGUGGUGUUUGUUGGUGUGUUUUACUUGCGGAAAAAGAAAAUAUUUUUCUUUUUCCGCAAGUAAAACACUUGCAUGGUAUUUUCUUUUUCCGCAAGUAAAACACUUGCAUGGCAAACAAAUUUUCUUUUUCCGCAAGAUGGCAAACAAGCAAAAAAAUAAAACUAACCGCCGGAUACCAAAAGCCCUAGAUUCGGUAUGUAGUCCUAUAUAAGACAUAUAUGGUCACAACGCCUCUCACAGACCCUCUGCGUCUUAAAGUGGCAGAGAAAACAAAUUUGUUCAAUAUUGUUCUUAGCUUAAGGUGAAGGGUAAUGGGGUUUUCUUUGAUAAAAUUGAUGGGAAGCCAGUUCAUGUCAAGUAGCCAUAACACGAUUGCAGCAAGUAGAAUUUUCAAUUCGAAGAUUGUUCCUUCUGUGGGGUUGGCUGGAGUAAUUGGAGUGCAACAUAUGAUUCAUACAUGUACAAGGAGAUUUUACCAUGCAAAUUUUUCUCAGAAAUUCCUAAACGGUGCAGCUACAACUCCUUCACUUAAUUUGUGGGCACAAAGAUGUCUGAGAUUUUGUAAAAGAAACAAAGGCAGUUUGCUGUUUGGUGCUUUUGCUGCUUGUGUUACUCUUUCUUAUGUGAGAAUACAAAGAGUACCAUACACAAAACAAAUUCAAUUUGUUACCAAAGAAACAACGGAGGAAAGGAGGGCAGAGGAUCGCUGGAAGACGUUUAUGGAGAGAUACAAAGAAGAUUUACUCCCUUUAUCAGACCCUAGGAGUAUUAGGGCACAAUCCGUAGCUACAAAUUUGAUUAGAGCAAUGAAGGUGGGGUUAAGGCUUGAAAAGGAGUGCAAGGUCAAUGGGAAUUCAUGUGAGGAUGGAGUUUUUAGAGAGUAUAGGGUACGUAGCGAGUGGGAAAGAGAUAAUGUAGAUCACCUUAACAGCUUUAAAUAUGAAGGAGGGAAUCUUCUUUCUGAUUGUAAACUUUUAUGGAAACCUAGUACUAAACAUUUGGAUGGAAAAGAUUGGGAAGUUUAUGUGUUGGAUUGCCCUCAUGAAGAAGAUGCUUUACACUUCUGCCACUUCUCCCACUUUAAUAAAAGGAUUGUUAUUCCUAGGGGGUUGCUCGACAGUCUAAAGUCCGAUGCAGAGUUAGCAUUAUUUAUUGGGCAUGAGAUUGGGCAUAUUGUGGGUCGACAUAUAGCAAGAAUUUAUAUCAGGUUUUGCUGGAAUAUCUAUCUUCUCACUCGUAUAUUCGAAGAGAAGUUUGGAUUUGAAGAGUUGUUUUGGGCUUAUACUCGCAGAUGGAAUGAAAGGGAGGCAAAUUAUAUUGGAUUAAUGUUAAUGGCAUCUGCUGGAUAUGACCCUGAAACAAUAAUUGGCGUAUUAGAGAAGUCGGGCCAAACUUUCAAUAAGAAUCUACUAAAAGAGGCCAAAGAAAUGGGAGAAGUGUUUGCUGUGUUCAAGAAAGUAAAAGAUUACAUGAAUUUGAGAAGCGUGAUUUAUAGGAGCAUGCUUGAUUAAUGGAAAUUUAAUGCUUGGUUGGUUUUCUUUUGUUUUUGUUUUUGUUUUUGAGUCUUUUAAGUUUUGACACAUUUCACAGUGGUUACAAUACAUUUCACAGUGGUUUUGAGUCUGUGACCAUUGCUAAUGGCGGUGUUUUGCCUAACAUUCAUCAGAAUUUGUUGCCCAAGAAAGCUGGGAAAGGAAAGGGUGAUAUUGGGUCUGCUUCUCAGGAAUUUUAGGUGUACUGGGUUGUUGGGUUUUGUUAGGUUAUGGGUUUGACAGCUUUGUAAUGAAGUAGCUUUUUGUCAUUUAAAGCUUCACUUGGAGUGAUAAUGAAAUAUUGGGUUUUGUCUCA